AUGUCUGGAGAUGCUCUUUGCAGGAAUUUUCCAGAGCAGUCUACAUUCAAGAUCCUGAAGGGGUGUCGGCGACGGACAUCGUUACCCCUCAAUGUUCGAAGGGAUUCCAAUCUCGAUGCUCGUGAUCCUCCCGCUGCAAGACCCAGACACAAUCAGCGUCAUGAUGAUGUUCCUGCAAGUGCUCUCAUUACUCGGUUCCAAAGUCGAAUGCACAGGAUAAUCUCAGAUCGCCACCCCACGUUCGUCCCUCUCUAUACAUCUACCCCGCGGUACCAAUCAGUUCCGUGGAAAGCAAGCUGCUACAUGGAUUCGCGCUCCCGGGAGACCCAGGAGGCUCCUUUUCCAUAUCCUAUAGGACCUCACUUGCAUACGACACAGCUCAUGUGGCUCUCGAAGAAGCGGAAAUCGUCGCCUCCUCUCCAGAGCCUGAUCUCGGGUUGGAGAUGUCUUUCCCGCCAGACCGUAGCUACAGCACGGGUAGGUACAACGGAUCCCACGUUACAUGGGCAGAAGGAUAAGGAUCCUGCUCUCUCGCCUCUCGCCGACUCGCGGAGGUGA